AUGAGCUGGGACGGCGACGAGCGCGUCACAUGGGCCGCCAUGCCGGCGGAGCUGCUGCGCGACGUGCUCUCGCGCGUCGUCGCGCCGGGCAUGGACUGGCCGCACCGUCGGACUCUCGUGGCGUGCGCUGGCGUGUGCAAGUCAUGGCGGGAAAUCACUAGGGACUUCAUACUUUCCGCUCCCCCUACCCCCGCCGACCCCGCGCGCAUCUUCUUCCCCGCGGACCUGCGCGCGCCGGGCCCGCUCGAGCGCACAGUGGAGUGCUUGAUUCGGCGGAACCGCAAGACGGGCACGUUCUCGCUCUUCCUGGGGGCAUCGCCGAGCGCCGCGACAGAGGCGGAGGGGGAGUCCGCGGCGGGGAAAUUUCUCAUGGCGGCGCGCAAAUUCGGAUGGCGGCCUUCCAGCACGGAGUACGUCAUCUCGCUCGACCCGCACGACUUCUCUCGCCCCGACCACCCCUCCGCCGCCUCCCACUCCUCUCACUCUCACUCCUCACACACCUUUCACACCACACGCUCUUCGCAUACCGCCUGUCUCGGCAGCAGCAGCAAAAGCGUCCCCGACGGCAGCAGCGGGAUGGCAGCGGGCAGCGGGGGGGCAGCGGGCAGCGGGGGGGCAGCGGGCAGCGGGGGGGCAGCGGGCAGCGGGGGGACAGCGGGCAGCGGGGGGGCAGCGGGCAGCGGGGGGGCAGCGGGCAGCGGGGGGGCAGCGGGCAGCGGGGGGGCAACGAGCGGCGGAGUGGCAGCGGGCAGCGCGUAUCUGGGGCGGGUGCGCGCCAACUUCCUGGGCACGCGCUUCACCAUCUUCGACGCGCGCCAGCAGGGCCCGCCGCCCCCCGCGCGCCCCCCCGCAGGCGUUUCCGCGCCCAGCAGCAGCAGCAAGGUGCACCCCAGCAUGGGCGCGCCUGCGCCCGCACCUGCCCUUUCCAAGGGGAAGGGCCGCGGGGGGAGAUCCAGCAGUGGCGGCUGUGGUUGCUGCUGCGCCUGCGCUCCCCAUGGCUGUGGCUCUUCCGCUCCCCCUGCCUGCCCGUCCGCUCUGCUUCUUCACUCGCCCUCCCCACACGCCACCCCCUGCGCCCGUGGCGACUGCGCGUGUAGCCCCACGUCCGUCCUCUCGCCCCCUUCCUCCGCCCAAUCACAGCCCGCCACCACAUGCGAUAGUGCCGUGUCCCUUCCCCCCCUCGCCCUUCCGCCUUCUGCGCUUGCUGCGCCCGCCCACACGCCACCACACUCUUGUCCCCUUGCGACCUCUGCGCCCUCCUAUGCGCCCGUUCCGCCCCCUGCGCCCUCUGCGCCCCCUGCGCCCCCUGCGCCCCUGCCUGUGGCGACGGUGUCGUAUGCCCUCAACGUGCUGGGCACUCGCGGCCCUCGCCGCAUCCAGGCCGUGCUGCACUGCGCGCCAAGCAGUGGGGGGCUGCACUGCGCGCCAAGCACUGGGGGAGGACACAUGCCAGACUGUGGGGGGGAUGCGGAGCAACGGGGGAGGGAAGAAGAGACGGGGGAGAAGAGCAUGAGGUGUGGGCGUGAAGGGUGGGGCAGAAGGGAAGAGUGUGCGUGUGAUAAGGGGGUAUGUGCAUGUGGGGAAGGAGUAUGUGCGUGUGAUGGCUGGUCGAGGCAUGAUGGGGAAGGCGAAGUUAGGGGGGAUGGCAGGGAGCAGAGCCACAUGCCAUGCUGCCACGUGUCACAUUGCCAUUCGCUCUGUCGGGAGAGACGUGAAGGCGAGGGAUGUGGGGAGGAGGCAUGGGAGCCAAUGAUGUUGAAGAAUAAGCCGCCCAGAUGGCAUGAACAGCUGCAGUGCUGGUGUCUCAACUUCAGGGGGCGCGUGACAGUGGCGUCUGUCAAGAACUUUCAACUCAUUCACGCCACGCCACUUGCACACACCACUCCGCACCAGCCCCACCCACCCUCGCCGCUGCUCCCCCCAUGUGCCGCCCACUGCUCCUCACUUUCGUCCUCGUCACCUUGCCUGACUGUGCCGAAACACCACGGCGGGUCGUCGGAACCUGUAGGUGCUGGUGCCUCUGGCAGCGACAGUAGGAAUGGCGGUGGGCCGAGCAGUAGCAGUGGCAGCAGCAGCAGCAGCGGCAGCAGUGGCAGCAGCAGCAGCAGCGGCGGCGGCGGCGGCGGUGGCAGUGGCAGCAGCAGUGGUAGCAGCAACGUCAGCAGCACUAUUAGCGGCAGGGGGGGUGAGGCGAGCAGCAGGAGUGGGGCAGGCAGGGCGCAUGAGCGGGGGGCAGCAGGCACGUGUGGGGUGGUGAAGGGCGGGAGGGACGUGGACCAGCCGGUAUUACUGCAGUUUGGCAAGGUGGGCAGGGAUGCCUUUACCAUGGACUAUCGCUACCCGCUCUCCGCAUUUCAGGCCUUUGCCAUCUGCCUCAGCAGCUUCGACACCAAGGUGGCGUGCGAGUGA